AUGCCUUACAACACAACUGCCAUCCCUCCCAAAAAAGAGCCCACCGGGCAAACUCAGCUGCCUCUGUCAAGAGUGAAAAAAAUCAUUUCACAAGACUCCGAUAUUAACAUGUGCUCCAACAAUGCCGCCUUCAUCAUCACCUGCGCUGCUGCAAGUUUCUUCCCCAAUGCUCAUCUCACCCCCCAAGGGGCUCACAUUGCUGACCUGCAAUUUCAGGAAAUGUUCAUCCAGCACCUUGCGGAUGAGUCGCAUACACAGGCAAAACUGGAGCGCAAACCCCGGCGAAACAUCCAGUAUAAGGAUGUCGCCAACGCAGUAGCACGUCAGGACCACCUCGAGUUUCUCGAGGACGUCGUCCCAAAGACCGUGCCAUACAAGGCAGUCAAGGCAGCGGCCAGUGAAACCCAGGCCCGUCUGCGAGGUGAAACCAAGACUGAUGAGAGCCAGGCCGCCUCCAACCAGUCCCCGGCCGCCACCACAAACGGCAAUACCCCCAAUGGAAAGACGGGGACCCCUUCGGCCCACAAGGCUGCCAACAAAGCUGAUGGGAGCCCAAACGACCAACUGGAGCUAGAAAUGAGGCAAGCGCAUGGGUCGAAACAUGACGCGGACGUUCAAAUGACAGGAUAG